UAAAAUUUCAGAAGAAAUGUGUAACAAAAUCGAAGAGGAUAAAAAGAAAUCAGCUCUAGCGUGUUAUGAGUGUGGUAUCCGAGGCAACUUUUUCUCUAAAAUAAAUGAAAAGUACUUUGGCAUCGAUGCUGCAUUUUGUAUUUUCAGUAACAUCAAUCGUACAUUAUGUCCAAACAAAUUUUCAAUUUCCCCAGAGGACUUCAAAAAAGAAAAACUUUCUGAAGACAUCUAUCUAAAUGACUUUUACGAAUUUAAAGAAUUUGAUGACGUUGUUGAUAUCGAUGUUUUUAAAGUAGGAAAGGCUACAGGUCUUACUUUUGGAAAAUUGGUCCCUAUUUAUUCUGCUAUUUCCAUUGAUCUAAGAAACAAAAACGUUGAAUACGCAAAAAAACAAGGAAAAAUCCCCUCUUAUAAUGACGACGUGGACAAAAGAAUAUUCAUUUGUGCGCUUGGUCAAAAAAAUCAAUGAAAUGCGCCAGCAAUGUUAUCCUACUUUGUGGUUUGAUCGACAACUAAUAUUCGAAUUCAAACCUGGAGACUUCGUACCUGGAGACUUGGGAGCAAGUGUUGUGAAUAAAGAAGGAAAGGCUCUUGGGCAUCCUUCAUGCGGCAUGGAUAACAGAAAAUUCCAAUUAUGCCAUUGCUUCUCCUUACUUUGCUGUUUUUGAAGCAUUGGACGUGGUAAAGGAAUAGAUCGGGAUAUUCAUACUCUCAUGUCAUGUGAUUUUUCGAUUAUGUAAAUUUAAUAUAUAUAACAACAAUUUUGUGAAUCAUGAUACCAUGAUUUACAAAUAGAACAUUGUCUUUUAUUUCUUUUUCUUCCAAGA